UCUUUCACCGUUUCUUCAUUUAAGCAAGUCUUCAAGUCUGAGGACAGCUCUAAUAUCAGAGCUAACUUUCAGCGUUUAGUCCUGGACACCGAGCACCACGGUCUGUGAAACUGCACACGGCAGGAGAGCACAAUGGCUUCAGCCGGCCUGGAGAUCCUGGGGAUGAUCCUGACUGUGGCGGGGUGGCUCGGCGUGAUGGUCGCCUGCUGUUUGCCCAUGUGGAGAGUAGCGGCGUACAUAGGCCAGAACAUUGUCAUCACACAGAUCGUGUGGGAAGGUUUGUGGAUGAGCUGCGUGGUGCAAAGCACAGGACAGAUGCACUGCCGAGUGUACGACUCUAUGCUUGGACUUCCGGACGAGCUGCAGGCUGGGCGCGCUCUCACCGUCGUCAGCACUCUGCUCGGGGUGGUGGGCAUGGCUCUGGCAGUGGCUGGGGCGAAGUGCACCAACUGCACCUCAGACGCAGCCAGCAAGCCACGCAUCAUGAUGGCAGCUGGGGGCACCUUCAUAACCUGUGGGCUGCUGCUGUUAGUGGCCGUCUGUUGGACAGCUAACGGCAUCGUCAUGGAUUUUCACAACCCGCUUCUAGAGGAGACGCAGAAGAGGGAGUUUGGGAACUCGCUGUACUUCGGAUGGGGUGCCUCCUGCCUGCUGAUCCUAGGUGGAGCCAUUUUGUCUUGUUCCUGCUCCUCAAAAGCACAGAACAAUGCCGUGCCGACAAGAGUGGACUACUCAGGGGUCAAAUCCCUCUCUGUGAAUGGAUACGACAGGAGAGACUAUGUUUGAGGGCUCUGAAUCUUUGCACAUGAAGGACCUCCUUGAGAGAAAAGCCAACAAGUCUGCUAAAGGACAAGCAUUCAAUGUCAACAGCAAAUUAACAAUUGAUGCUGAAUCUUGAACACCAACAUGGCAGAUAUAAAAUAGUAUUAUUGCUUUUGUUUUUGUUUUCAUUUGAAAGUAUUCAUUGGAAUUUUGUCUUUUGACCCAGUUGCUAAUAGGUGAAUAAUCAGUAGCUCUUUGACUCACUGAAAUGAUUAUAAUACGUAGAUACUUUUCCAUUCAAACUGGAAGAUUCAUUAAAUGAUCAAUGAACAUGAUUUUGUUGAAACAGACAUUGGUCCGUUUAUUAAUAAUUAUUUUGCCAGUUUUGCUAAAUAGGUAACAAUUUAUUUAUGCAUUCUUCUGACAAUAACUACUUUGCAACUUCAUGUCAACUAGCUCUCAUUAGAGUAUUAGUAAACUAUCUGCUGAAUUACUGCUAUCACUUUAUUGUGAUGCAGACAUUAAGCUGACUAUGAGUGUCAAUUUAUUCUAAUAACCCGAACCCUACCAGUCUAAUACUCUAUUAAUGAUAGUUAGUAGACAUGUAGGUGCAACGUUACUUAUAGUCAACAGAAUGUGUUAAGGGGACCAUCAAAAUUAAGUGAAAUCGCUAAAUGCUAGAUUUUGUCCAAAAUAAAAAAUUCAUAUAUCCUAUAUUGGUGGAAACUAAAGUAUAAAUCUGAAAGUAAUGAAAUGAUUUGAAGG